CGCUUUGGUCGCGAUCGCUCCUUCGGCGGCGUUACUACAACUUCUGCUUCUACGGCGGUGCCAGUGGCAGUUCGAUUGACUGCAGCAGUCACACGGAGAAAAUGGAGGAGAACUCGUUCCACAGGAUCGGCGGCAAUUAUGUAAUUAUCUGCAAGGUUCUGUCCAUUUUCGGAGCAGUGUACUACUUCAACCAACUGAUCGAGCGGAAACCCAUCUGUGUCGAUGUGUCGUGUGCCGAUAGUACGAAGAAUGUCAUCACUCUUACUAUCAACAUGAUCAUUUGCAUACUGUCAUCGCUGCUGGUCGGAUUCGUCAAAACUGGCAUUAAGGAGACGAAGAUUUCCUACAUUCGAACCUACCGGGUGUUCAUGCUGAUCAGGAAUCUCAUCCUGCUCGCACUGUGGACGUUCGAGAUCCUGAUCCGGAAGCCAUUGAAAAAACACGAAGAAGAAGACGAAAAGUUCGCCCAGUAUAUGGCUCUGACGUUGUUCGUUAGUAUACUAGUCAUUACCGGAGUGGAGCUGUUGAUUCUCCGCGGUGUUCAGUGUUUAACGGAGCAGAAGCUGGCCGAAGAAAGGAGCUGUAUUGGUGCGUAACAACUGCGGUGUGAAGUUUGUAUUUUCUGUUCAAAUAAUACAAAAAAUGGGCGCGAAAAUUGUGGAGCGCAACAAAGUCAGUGCCAUAGUGAAUCAUCCCUGCCCUGUGAAGUGUUAGUGCGUUUGAGUGCUUUUGGUGACGGUUGGAAGAUUUCAAAACAAUCUAAUUCGUCAGCGAUCCAGAGUGAUUUGGAUCUAGUAAUCCUGAACCUGAUGCAGGCUAAUGCGAUCACCAAGAUAAUUGCAUCGAGUUUAGGGUGAAGCACUGAGCAGUGAUAAAGUGAACUGGAUCAUCACCGAGGAUUCUAUGAAAGAUUCGUAAUGUUGGAAAUCGACGUGAAAACAAUUUGUGUGUGUGAGUUCUUACUUUGUAGCAUAGAAAUAGAAAAAAAUCUCACUGUAAUUGGAAAGCUGAAAGGGAAGAUAUAUUUGAAUCCAAAGGUCAGUUAUACGUUAAACUUAGUUCAUCUGUUCGUCAGAUUUGUGCUACUGUAAGGCUCCG